GGAAUAGAUCUACUCUAAUACUAACCAAUGAUUUAACUAGCAGUAUUUCCUUAGUAAUACACCUUCAUUGAAGUAACCUGCAAUAAUUGCAACUGGUUUUGUAUAGAGGAAGCAUAACAAAAGGCUGUAUUGAACAGCUUGUCAAUACCAGACCAACGCUCGCCAAGAGAGAGAGCUUAUGAGCCGGCCCAUUGCACAGUCGACGCGAUACUCUGAUACUACUACAGUUUGUCCGGCAGGAGCCAUUCGCUUGAAAUCAUUGAGGGAAUAACUAGCAACCUGAUACCUCGCACGGUCCUAGUCAGUCGCAACCGGGCCCGAGCAAGGAUGCAUCCCUAUUAUUAUGUGCAGUAUAUACCAAUGAGUUUAAAGCCAGAACUGGAAAUGAAAGUCAAUUGGGCCACAUCGCCUAGUAACCUUCCCAAACAGGACACAAGUAAGCACUACCAUAUAUUUGUUGGUGAUCUUAGCCCCGAUAUAGAAACACACCAACUGAGGGAUGCAUUCAAAAUUUUUGGAGAAAUUUCUGAUUGUAAAAUAAUUCGAGACCCCCAGACAUUAAAAUCAAAGGGGUAUGGCUUUGUCUCGUUCGUCAACAAAAUGGAUGCGGAAAAUGCUAUUAGUAAUAUGAACGGUCAAUGGAUUGGUAGUAGGCCUAUUCGAACAAACUGGGCCACACGAAAACCCCCAGCACCCACAGUUAAGGAAUCCAGAUGGCCACCAGGUAAAGAAGACUAUGCAGAUGCUAAACAGUUGUCCUAUGAUGAAGUGUUUAGUCAGUCGAGUGCCACAAACUGUACAGUCUAUUGUGGUGGUGUGACAAAUGGGUUGACAGAUGAAACGAUGAGAAAAACUUUUACACCAUUUGGGAAUAUUCAAGAAAUUAGAGUAUUCAAAGAUAAAGGAUAUGCCUUUAUAAGAUUUGGUUCGAAGGAAGCAGCUGCUAAUGCAAUAUGUGGUGUUCAUGGUACUACGAUAAUGGAUCAACAGGUGAAAUGUUCCUGGGGAAAAGAAUCCAAUGAUCCAACACAGAGUGGUUCCGCUACACCACAAAUGGUAGAUCAACAACAGUCGUUCCAAUCUCCUAACUCGGGUGGUGGUUAUGGACAGUUUUAUAACGUGGGAUAUUGGGGAAAUCCAGCCGCUUAUUCUGGCUAUGGUAAUGUUGCCCAGGGUGGCUAUCUACAGUCUGCUGCUGGUGGUGGAAACCAAUGGCCUGGAUAUAAUUAUCAGGCAAUGAACAUGCAGAUGCAACAACAAUGGGGCCAACUCCAGAUGCAACAAGGUGGUCAACAGCAACAGUUUAAUGGACAAGGCCAAGGUGUGGUGGGAUAUCCUAUGCAGCAGGCUACCAACAAGCCCAGUGACGUUCAUCUAGAGUAGGCUCAAUCAACCAGAGUGAAACUGACCCCCAUAUUAACCAAUCAGCUGACUGAUGUAUAGUUUUAAACAUAUUGAUGGGAAGAAGUAUUAUGGGCAAAGAUAAAUUCAUUCAUAUUUGGGGGAUGGGCUGUCCAGUGUUGUGUGGAAUGUUGCACUCAUUGUAUAUAGUCGUUAGGAAAAUUAGGUAGAAAUUAAAAUACAUGUUUAGAUGUUAUUUGUGGCGUUAAUGUUUGUAUUUGUCCCGUCUAAAUUUCAUACCUGAUACUGGGAGUUGUACAAAAAAUGGAAAAAAAUUUAAAUCAUAUUUUCAUACCAUUUAGGCUUAUAUUUGACCUUAUUUUAUCAUGUUUUUUUUUUUUUUCUUUUCUUAUUAUUGCGCAUUGGUAAAUUAAAUAUUAGAUCGACUCAGUUCAUUUUAUUAAGCAGGAAAAUUACGACUUUGUUUAUUUUCCUUCAAUAUUAUUAUUAUGACCGGUGCCAAAGAUUUCUUCGUUCGAUUUUAUCACCAGGUUCGUCUUUGUUGUGUCGUUAGAUUUUUUUUUUAAACGCUAGUUUCGGUAAAUCAAUGAAGUUGGCGUGAAGUACAAAACCUAAAUAUUAAUACUUUAGUUAUAAAUGAAUAUCUAUGUGUAAAUAAAUUUUAUAGUGAGAGAUAAUCCGCUCAUAUUUAUUAUUAUUACUUAUUAGCUAGGAAACGAAAAAAAAACAACAUUCUAUCUUUUUGUGCAUAGUAAUUAUUUGUUCAUGAGUCGGCGUUUUGAUAACUUUAUACGAUAUAAUAUUUAUUAUAACUUUAAUAGUACAUAUAGCUUCAUUACUCAUGAUAGCGUUUUACUUUUUCUUUAAUUCAAGUGUAUGUAAGAUCAUUUAGAAGUUUAUUUUAUUAUCCUGAAGCAAAAUGAAGGCCCAGAAAUUAUGUUUUUGACUUUUUACUUUUUGAAUCGUUAUGUACAAAGUCAAAUAUGCACUGUAUAUUUUAAAGACAUUUUUUAAAAAAUUAUAAAUCCUUUUUCUUUUUUUUUCGCCAUUUAAAUCAAUUGUGCGCUUAAUUGGAAUGGUGUUAUUUUAUUUUCUUUUUUUUCUUUUUCAUAUUAAUUACGUCUUAAAUGAUUAUUAUAAUAUAGAUAUAUUUCGGUUGAUUAAUUAAGGGACCGUUGCUACAUGUAUAGUAUUUAUUUAUAGACUUAUUAUAUAAACAAGUUAUUUCAAGUUUAUAGAAUUUAUGAAUGAAACAUACCUCAGGUUCCAUUAAAAUGAACUACUUGUUGAUAAUGUAUUCCUUGUUAUUUAUUGAGAAUAAUUUUAGGGCCUUCAUCGAACUGUGUGAUAUAUUAACCCUUCUGUUCCGUGUUUUUUUUUCUUCUUCCUUUAUAAUGUAAUAUAAUAAACCAGUUAAUAAAUGCCCAAUUCACCAUCAUAAAAUAAAUAAAUACUUGAUGUUUAAUGUAAAAAUAUCGUUACAUGAAAUAUUUCUAUUUGUUUUUAUUAUUAUAAUUUUUUUUUUUAUCUUUUUUUUUCUAUUUAGCCUCAUUUGUAAUAAAAUUCAUAUGUAUUCAUAUUGAAGCCCAGUUAUAUGGACAACGUACAUUUUGUCUGUUCGGGGAAAUAACAUGUCGUCAUUGGUUACCUAUAUUUUCAUAUGAUGUAUAAUUUGAUGGAUUUAAAAAAAACAAACAAAAACUUAUUGGAUAUAGACAUCUGUAAAUAGUCCCCGUCUCCUGUUAUUUGUUAAAAAAAAAAAACUAUAUAUAUAUGUGAUGUUUUUUUCCCUGUUGUAACAUGUGUUUGGGUGUGGAACUUCCCUUGGUCCAUUAUAUAUAUAGAUGUCCUUUGUACAAUGUACAUGUAGUUAAACAAAAACAUAUAGUACAUGACCAUAUGUAUGAUUUCGGGGCCGGGUUUACUAAAAGGCAUGGUAGGAUUAGGGGCCCUAUGUUUUUAACUAAAAACAUACAAAUAAUACAUGGCAUAUGUAUGGUUUCGGGGUUGGGUUUACUAAUAGGCAUAGUAGGAUUAGGGGGCCCAUGGAUCCUGUAAAAUAUAUUUAUAUAUUGGGAUACUGAAGCAUGCCAACAUCUCGAUCAAUUUAGGGGCUGACGUAGGUAAAUCCGAUCCUGUAUGGUUUGAUAGGGGCCCCUUUGGUUCCAUAAAAUAUAUUGGGAUACUGAAGCAUGCCAACAUCUCGAUCAAUUUGGGAGCUGACGUAGGUAAAUCCGACCCUGUACGAUAAGAUUAGGGCCCCUUGGGUUCCGUAAAAUAUAUUGGGAUACGAAAACAUGCCAACAUCUCGAUCAGUUUAGGGGCCGACGUAGGUAAAUCUGACCCGGUAUGUAUGAUAAGAUAACAAAACGAGCUACAUAUGUAUUAAAUAUAUUAUAAGGAAUGUUGAUAUCGGAUGUCCUUAGUGUCUGUUAAAUUUAUUGCCCUGUUUGUAACCACUUGUUGCAAAUAAUUUCUUUUUUUUCCGUGUGAUGAUUCCAUAAUGUUGAGUGUAUGCUGGAGACCAUGUUUUUUUGUAUAGAACCGUUGUCUGUAGAGUAGUUAGUAGUAACUUUGGUGGGAGGGACAAUUUUGUACAUAUUGUAUGCUGGCUGCACCCUUUAUAAAGACCUUGUUAAUUUUGUGUGACAAUUUUCCCCCAACAAAAAAAAAGAAAAAUAAACAGGGUCUUUAACUUGGCGCUUUGAUGACGAACUGGCUAGAUCAUCCCAUUGAUUUAUAAUUGUCUCAUGUGAAUAGAAUACAGAGGUUUUCGUUUAUUAAUAUUCUCCGUGCGAGUUUGACCAACUAAUUAUGGGUCUUUAUUUAUAGAAGGGUUGUUUUAGAGGAUCAAAGCGUUCAAAACACAAAAAAUCUUCUUAAAUCAAAAAAAGCAAAGACCUAAUUAAUUUCCAGCCAGUUCAUCAUCAAACCGGUCAAUAUUUUUAUCUGCAAAAGGUGGAUUUUAUGAUAAAAUGUAAAUUUAGCUGUCAAUUGUUACAUUUAAAUCAAGUACCUGGGCCCUGUUUCACGAAAUUUUAACUAAGAUAAAAUCCAAAUUUUAGUAAUUUGAAUUAUUAAAUUGAUUUUAGUGCUUAACCAAUCAAAAUUGAAGUAUCUACUAAAAUUUAAAUUUUAUAUUUAGUUAAGAUUUCGUGAAACAGUGCCCUGAACCUAUACCAUUUAGAUUUUACGUUUUCAAUUAAAACUUUGUACAUAUUAUAACCAUCUAAUAUGAAGGGUUGAUAGUAGAUUAUUCAUUUCAUCAUGUUAUAACUGUCUUCUAUAAUACAAAAAUUAAUAUAAUGUAAUCACAUCAAUUAUCUUUACGACCAAGUAUGGUAGAAAAUAAACUAAGAUUAGACUUGUCUCAAGAAAGACAACUCUAUUCCAUUGGACUGAAGUUUGAACACUGAUGAUAUUCAUCAAUCAUGUGGAGUUCGUUGGGUUUUAAUUAAAAAAAAUUGAUAUUAGAGAUAAAAUCGAAUACAGAAGAAAAGAAAAUAACCGAAAGUAAAUUUAUGUUCGGAAAUAGUAUUUAGAAGUAGAUUUCACAUAACACGCACAAUUUUAUGGUUGGGUUAUUGCAUUGAUUGGUUAAAUCUUGCCUUCACACAUCCAAAAUAUCUUCGGUUAGGUAUCAAAUGGAGUUUUGGCGGAAUAAACCUUCCAUACCAUUGAAUUGUGUAGGUUAUUACCCCAAAAAUAUAUCAAUUUUUAAAAGUUUGCUAAGACAUUAUUUUUCAAGAUUUUUCUCUUUUUUCUUCAAACAACUGAUCUCAAUUUUUAGUUUUAUUUCUUCUCUUUGUUCAUCGCCGACCUUCAAUGGAAUAAUUUAAAUUAUUUUCAACUGUGUACAUAUUUAUAUAUAAUAACAUGUAUAUCACCAUACAAAAAUCUGAAUGAUGUGAUAAUUUUAGCAAUUUUUUUUUGACCCUCCUCCCUUGAUCAUGAUUUGCCCCCCUCCUCCUCUUUCUUUCCUUCCAAUGAUGUUUAAUUAAAUCAGUGCUAAUUGAACAUUCGUCAGUCAUUCCAGUGAAGGUUAUACAUGAAGGAGAGGCCUCAUUACUUUUAGUUUUAAAGUUUUGAUUUUAAGUAUUAUUAAAAGGCUAUCAUCUGUUUUUAUUAUUAAUAUUAUUAAAUGUAUAAUGAAGAACAAUUAGAUCACUAUUCGAGGCUCAAAGUAAGAUUUUUGUACCGAUUUUACUAAGAAAAAUAAAGACAGUUAUAUUAUUAAGUACGGUCUAUGAAUAUUGAUGAGCCCUGUUUAUGAAUAUUGAUGAGUCCUGUUUAUGAAUAUUGAUGAGUCCUGUUUGACAGAUGAUAGACUGAUUAUCUUUGAGUAAAGAAAUAAAGAUUGAUCACCACCAUAAA